UCCCUCGAAGUUGUCGAUUAAACGGUCUGCCUAUUUAGCAUAUUUACAACGAGUACCUGACUGUCUGGGUCUAUUAGCUGCCAUAGAGAACUCGGUCUAAAUGCAACUGAAAACUUGAGAAAGGGCGACAUCGCAAUCGAUUUACUUGUGUGGAAAAGUAAACAGCAAAAUCAAGAUAAAAUUACAAGCUCCAUUGUGGAAUAAAUCAUUAAUUGGGCGGAGCUAUAUCUGACACAAUGCCGAACUCUAAGCGCCGACCAAAGUCACACGAGGAUCCCAACGAACAAUUGAUUUUUCAAUAUCUCCCGAAGGAGCUGUUUGAUGAUGAGGAAGAACCACCAAUGGGGGAUCGCCCAGAAGAGCGUCCGCCAAAAUAUCCAGUAACGGAUCUUGUCCCUGUGUCCCCAGCCCUAGAGCCGAGGCCCAAUCUGGAGGUAUUGAAGAGUUUUUUUGAGAAACAUCAUCAGCAGGAGAACCAAAUGGACAAAUUGAACACAGAGCAAAAGAAAGUGAACAAUUUUGAUUGUCGCAUUUCGUUAUUGAAGGAGAUUCCACCCCUUUUGCCACCCCGUCGCAAGUCUUGUUCCCAGCAGUGUCCUGGGUAUCAGCAAAUUUUUGCCAACAGUGGACUAUGCAAACCCCCGAAACUUGACGGACAGGGCUAUGAUAAGCCUUUUCCUUAUCCUGAGCUAAUUUCAGAAAGUCGCGAAGAACGCGCCGUAUAUGUUUUCAGUGUCGUUGACAAAUUGGUUCUACAGUUGGAACAUUGCAUAAAACAAACAAAAAAUAAUCGGUCAUUAGUUCACAUUGAGAAUUCUGUCAAAUCAGCAACCGGAGCUGUGCCCAAAACCAAUCCCAGACGCCUUCAGUCAUCUGUCGAGAGUUCGGCCGAUGUGAAACGUUCUUCUAAGCAACAUAAACUGGGGCAGCUGCCCCUGCAUCAACAUCAUCUAUCUAAACAUCAACGUCGUGAGCAACGGCAGCAGCAAAUCUUAGAGGCGGAAUUCGAUUUGGAUUGCGAGUUCGGCAUGGAGUACAUACAGAAAUUUCGAGACAAUACUGUUAGAUCAACUAAGUUGCCACACGCUGCACUGUCGGACAAAGACGAGGGUAUUUCAAGUGAUUCCAGUGGUAGCCCAAAACUGUAUAUCGAUUCGCCAAUCCGAAAGCCUCCAAUGCGGCUCCAAACGGUAGAGGAACGCCCAUGCACGCCCUCGCCCGUGGUCCCCAAACCGUUGUCCCUCAAAUCGAAUGUGAAACCCACGAAACAUUAUCAAUCCAUGCACCAGCCAGUGAAAUCAUACAAGCUGGAAUAUCGUCAACCAAUAUUGACUGAUGAGAUAGAAUCUGAGGAAAAAUCAAAGCAACCAACAAAGCAGAAGCAGCAGCAGCAGCAGCAGCAGCAGCAACAUCAUGUACCGAUUCCACUUUAUAUGCUGCAGGGGCGACCAAAGUUGACGCCUGAGAAACAACUAAAACAGAAAGAGGACAAACCAAAUAUCCAAAAGGAGCAGCCAAAGUUGGAACAAGAUGAGGAAACGUCAAAGCAGGAAAAAAAAGUUAAAAAACCAAAGGAGGAACUGGAGCCACUGGAAUUUCAUGACAGCCGCCGAGAAUAUCAGUUACGUCGAAUUCAAGAGCGCCAAGCAAUAUUUUUGGAAAUUCACAAUCAAGGACUGAAGCUUGAGCGCCUACACAAGGACGAUAAGAAGCGUCGCAAACAGUACAAACUGCAGCUAAAGCUAGAGCAGCGACAGCAGCAUAAGUUGAAUCCCCUUGAAUCGUCCGAGGUACUAAACUAUUACAAGAUCGGCCUAGAUCCCUUGGGUCGCACUCUGAUUACGCCGUCGAUGCCAGGCCAAUCCGAAAGGGAAAUGGGAGAGGAUAACACAAAAACACAUUUCCCACUAUCCAUUGCAAAAACAAGCUUGAAAUCUUUGACAACAUCAAAAGAACAUCAAAUGUCUCUGGUGAAAUUCGAUGACCAGAAUAAGCAAAAGAGUGGCUUUCAAUUACGAGAUAGCAGCAAAACUUCGUUUGUGAACUGGUGGGAAUUGAGCAAAUAUUCAGGCCCAGUGUCAAAAAUGAAAUCAGCUCGGAGACGCGUACAUCCCUAUGUUCCAUGCCCAGUGCCCAAACAAGUGAUACCAAUUCCAGAGCCAGUCGUGAUUCUAGAGGAAGAGGAAGAGGAGAAAAAACCUUCCCCGAGAAAGGUUGACUCUAAAGAAGAAGCGGAAGAAGAGGAAGACGAGGAAGAUGAGGAUUAUGAAGAUUAUGAAGAAGACACAAUGUCCAGAAUAACAAAAGUAUUUGUGGACCCCACUAAAUUGCCCAAACUUCCAGAUUUAACGAAGGCUUCGGAGAAACCGAAUGCGGCGGCAGUAAUUUACUUGCUACAUCAGGAAGACUCUCAACAACAAAAGGUCGGAUGGAAAACCUUAAGCAAUCUGAGGAAGAAAGUGGCAAAAUAUCGCAAAAGAGUCUUUACGUCGUCGGACGAGACAAGUGAUGCAACUUUAGUAAACGGAAUGGAGACUCCACGACGACGUGAGAAAGGCCACAGAAAAGAGCAGUUUCGAUUCAAUGUAAUGACACAGAUAAAAUUGCUGCCACCGUCGGGUGAUUUUCGCAGUUACUUCGAGAUCGAUGGGAUGUCAAUUAUGAUUUUAGAACGUAUGACCCAGUUAAGCUACAAGAAGGGAUUUCAGCCCUCUCCGCUAGUAACUGACUAUCUAAAGCAUUUUUAUCGCCAAAGAUGUCUCAAGGAUACAACCAAUUUCCAUUGGUAUGUCAAUGAGGGAUUCUUUCCAACCCAUUUGCUUCUGGAAGAGCACAAUCCGUUGGGUGUGCACUUGGGGAAACGCAGUUACAAAGACAUCGAUGCCAUAAUUCUGAUCUACUUGAAGCAGAAAAAUGUCGACGGUAAAUGUCCUCCGUUGAAGUUGACCGAAAUAAUGGCAUACUACAUGGUUAACAGUUACUGUCGCGUCCUUCUCGAGAAUGCCACAGACACCAAACGUCCGAUCGAAGAGCGUUUUUUGUUGCGCACACGUUUUGCUGUUAGCAAUAUUGAGAGUUUUAUGCUAGAUCUCAAUUUAAAUGUCCUUGUGGACGACGUCAAUUGCCACAAACUGCUUCAAUGGGCCCUACUCCAGGAGAACCGUGUGUGUGAAAUCUAUGGAGAGGCCCUCAAGAGUGCCGAGGAGCGGGCAGAUCUGGCAAAACAGAAAACCCAAUUCGUUAUGCGAACACCCAAUCUGGAGGCUUUCUACGAUUUCUAUAACGAAAAUCAAUACCCUCGUCCAGAUGCCCUGGCCAUAAAUCCUUUGAUGAACAAAGUGCGCCGCUAUCAGUUGUCAUAUACAGAAUGCGUCAAGCCUUACUCCUGCCCAAUUGCAGGCUGUGGCAUCAAUAUAUGUUCAAAAACUCUACUGGCUCAUUUCCUGAGCGAUCAUUGUCGGCGUCUUGAAGAAUUGUGGCUAAAGGAUCGCAUGGUGUAUGUCUUCCAUCCGCAGUCCUAUCCACCAGAUCAGAUUCAUUGUAUUUGCUGCACUGCUUUACUCCCAUGUAAGCCAACCAAAAGUGUGCCGUAUCCCAGACGUGUCCUUAAUUAUGAGCUGGCACCCCAUCAUUUGUACUUUGCCGAGCAUACACCCUGUCUGCUUAUGUACACUCAGAUAAGCGUUGAUCGACUGUUGGGGCCUUCUGAAUCGGAGACAGAAUCAGAGUCUGCUAAAUUGUUUCGUCCCCAACGGACACUCUAUGUCUUUUGGCUGGGCUCGAGUGGCGAUUCCAAGCGCGAAUUCGCUUGCGAUUUGAAUAUCUAUGGCUGCGACAAGACAGUUCCCUCUUACAGUCCAAUGAAGUCGAUUAAAAUGUCGAAGAUGCUUAAUGUACCUCACAUGAUGACGAAAUACGAGGGCAGAUAUCUAGCCAUCGAUCAUAAUUCAAUGUCAGCCAUGACCCAUAAUUUCCGUGAACUGAUUUACAUUGAUGUGCACUAUGUGGAUCUGCACAGUCCAAAAGAAGAUUAAGCACCACUGAUUGAGAACCUCUUUUAUCAAUGUAUCUAAUUCUAUACCUAUCUAUGUGAAACAUUUGCUUAAUAAAAUUCGUAUCAAUAAAUUAUACAGUUAA